CGAAUCUAUAAUUUACACUGGAACCACGCAUCCACCGAACCACAACGACAGAGCUCUCGGCGCAACUACGGUGGUUUGAAUGGACCCUAAGGCGCGAGCAGAGGCACGUCGCCAGGCGAUUUUGACGAAAGGGUCGAAACGGCUGGCGAAGCUGACUUCCUCAGCCCGUGGCGAGGAUAGCGCUGUCAUGCAUCAAGACCUGCCAACUGAGUUCGGGAACAGGCUGACAGAAUCACCGACGCCAGACCCUCACAUACCAGCUAUACCCGUACACCCUCCCCUAGUACCUAGCGGUCUCAAUGAGCCUUUUCCGCAUCUCGAAAGGGAACGUAUGAUCAGGGAGCUUUUCGGCGCUCCACUUCAGGCUCCGUCUGGCAGUAUUCCCAAUCUGGAUCACGGUCUCGCCCCAUUCCUGACAUCGAUUAUAGAAGGAAGUGCUUUGAGUCCCAAGUCGCCCUCUGGUUCUUCGGUUGCUGUCAACAUCAGUGAACCCACAUCUCACCAGAAGCAAAUCAUCGCCCACUUUCUACCUCUCAUCCGUCUAGCUUCAGUGAUCAUGUUAUCGAUAUUCUUCGUGUCACGAUAUGGGCCAGAACAGACAGGUAAUUCCUCUUGGAGCACAUUGAAGCACCAUUCACCAAAUCUCUCUCAACCUGCAGGCCUAUUCCAAAGCUUUGCAGCACUCGAAAUUGUUUGGUAUGCACUUUACAUGAUGUGCGGGCUUAUCGACACGACAGUCCCUGGCAUCAUUUCUGCAGUUUUGCCAUUGCUAUCCCAACCCUAUACCACCGGAAUAACCACCGCGGUCCAAUACAUUAACAUGGCACAAAGAAUAGCAGAUGAUCUCGCAGUGGCCUUGUUAAUUACAGGAUUUGUAGUCUGGAACGCAGGGCGAAUGAGCCAAUGA